AUGUCAAACAUUGUUCAACCUCUUUGCGUUCCUUCUUCGUAUAAAGACCAACAGUACCAAGGUACAUCAACAGAUCUUGCCAAAGAUCUUUCAAAUAGUACAACCCUUUAUGUGGGAAACUUGUCGUUCUAUACAACCGAAGAACAAAUAUAUGAACUAUUUUCAAAAGUUGGUGAAAUAAAGAGGAUUAUCAUGGGGCUGGAUAAAUUUCAAAAAACUCCUUACGAACGAAUCAUCAGAACCGAUUUAGACCCUGGCUAUAGGGAAGGAAGACAAUUUGGAAGAGGAAGGUCCGGUGGACAAGUUCGUGACGAAUAUCGACAAGAUUAUGAUACGGGCCGUGGAGGAUGGGGUCACGUUCGUGCGCGACAAGAAGCUGAACGAGCAAGACGUCAAAAAGAAGAAUAUGAAGCUAUUACUACAAUUCCUGUCGGCGCUGGAGAAUAUAAAGGAAAAGCUGAACUUUAUGGUGUUCAAGAGAAAGUCAAGGGUACAUCAACAGAUCUUGCCAAAGAUCUUUCAAAUAGUACAACCCUUUAUGUGGGAAACUUGUCGUUCUAUACAACCGAAGAACAAAUAUAUGAACUAUUUUCAAAAGUUGGUGAAAUAAAGAGGAUUAUCAUGGGGCUGGAUAAAUUUCAAAAAACUCCUUACGAACGAAUCAUCAGAACCGAUUUAGACCCUGGCUAUAGGGAAGGAAGACAAUUUGGAAGAGGAAGGUCCGGUGGACAAGUUCGUGACGAAUAUCGACAAGAUUAUGAUACGGGCCGUGGAGGAUGGGGUCACGUUCGUGCGCGACAAGAAGCUGAACGAGCAAGACGUCAAAAAGAAGAAUAUGAAGCUAUUACUACAAUUCCUGUCGGCGCUGGAGAAUAUAAAGGAAAAGCUGAACUUUAUGGUGUUCAAGAGAAAGUCAAG